AUGGCAUUAUUAGGCCUUGGCCAAAUGGGCCAGGCUAUGAGCAGUAGACUAUGCAACAGCCAAUUUCUCCAAGGUCCUAUGCUGCUAUGGAAUCGUACUUUGCAGGUUGCAAGGGAUCAGUGCAAGGACACAGAUCUUACAAAGGCUGUUGAAACAAUCACAGAGGCUGUCGCACCAUCUGAUAUUGUCUGGUCAUGUCUUGCUGACGAGGAAGCCGUUCUAUCUGUAUAUGGCGAGAUAUGUAAGGGUGAAAUCUCGGGGAAACUCUUUGUUGAAUGUUCCACAAUCACGGCUUCAGGUUCGGAAAAAGUUGCUCAACAAUUAAAAGAUAAAGGUGCCGAAUUUGUCACCAUGCCAGUUUUUGGAGAGCCGGCCACAGCCCGGGCCGGUAAUCUGAUAGUUGUUCCUGCUGGACCAGCGUCAGCUGUUGAUAGGAUCCGGCCGUAUCUUGAAGGUUGCCUGGCGGGUGCGGUGAUUGACUUCAGCGACGAAAAGCACGGCCAGGCAUCGCUUUUAAAGAUCGUUGGGAACGUUCUUAUCAUGACAACAAUUGAGCAGGUCUCUGAGUUGAUGGUGUUCUCUGAAAAGUCCGGACUCGGUGUUGACAAUUUGCGCAAGCUAUUUGCUGCCAUGUACCCAGGCGGCCCUAUCAAACAACAUCUGUUGUAUCAGGGGCAUAUGGCUAGUGGAGAAUGGGCUAGAAAAGUGCCAAUUGUGACUCUGGAUGCGGUCAUCGGCCUGACAAACAAAGUAGCGGCAUUGGCCGAAAGUCUCGAUGUCAAACUGCCUGCCUAUCAAGUUGCUCGGCAGCAUCUACGAGUUGCAAAGAAUGUAUCCUCUGGAAAUGCCGAUAUCCUGUCCCUGUAUGGUGCUGUCCGAGUCGAAUCUGGGCUAGAUUUUGUGAAUACAAACACUACGGAAUAG